UCCUUUCCCCCCUCCCUACAGUAGCUUGUGGCUCCACCCCCUCAUCGAGACUCAGCUCGCGCUCUACCCUCUCCCCCCAACCCCGCCUGCCGCCACGCCCGUCCCGCUGCUGCCAUGGUAACCAUAGGCGCACUUAGCGGACUAACGGAAUCGUCGUAAUCGUUGGUACCGACCUGCGGCCCCCUACAUCACCCGGACCACGGCACAUACAGUUUUCCGAGGCGCGACGUUUAGAUCGGUGGAAAAAGAUGAAUUUGGCUGAGAUUUGUGACAAUGCAAAAAAGGGAAGAGAAUAUGCACUUCUUGGAAAUUAUGACUCUUCAAUGGUAUAUUAUCAAGGGGUAAUACAGCAGAUUCAGCGACAUUGUCAGUCAGUCAGAGAUCCAGCUGUCAAAGGCAAAUGGCAACAGGUUCGACAGGAAUUGCUAGAAGAAUAUGAACAAGUCAAGAGUAUUGUCAAUACCUUAGAAAGUUUUAAAAUAGACAGACCCCCAGAUUUUCCUGUAUCUUAUCAAGAUGAACCAUUCCGUGAUCCUGCUGUUUGGCCUCCUCCUGUUCCAGCAGAACACAGGGCUCCACCUCAGAUAAAGCGCCCAAAUCGAGAAGUGAGACCCCUGAGGAAAGAAAUGCCAGGAGUGGGGCCUCGGGGACCUGUAGGCAGAGCACACCCUAUAUCCAAGAGCGAAAAACCCACCUCCAGUAGAGAUAAGGAUUUUAGAGCAAGAGGGAGAGACGACAAGGGAAGGAAGAAUUUGUCAGAUGGUGCAGGUGAUGGGGAAAUUCAGAAGUUUGAUGGUGCUGGAUAUGAUAAAGAUCUAGUUGAAGCUCUUGAAAGGGAUAUAGUAUCCAGAAAUCCUAGCAUUCAUUGGGAUGACAUAGCAGAUUUAGAAGAAGCCAAAAAAUUGCUAAGGGAGGCUGUUGUUCUUCCAAUGUGGAUGCCUGACUUUUUCAAAGGGAUUAGACGGCCUUGGAAGGGCGUGUUGAUGGUGGGACCCCCUGGCACUGGUAAAACUAUGCUUGCUAAAGCUGUUGCUACAGAAUGUGGCACAACAUUCUUCAAUGUUUCUUCCUCUACUCUGACGUCAAAAUAUAGAGGUGAAUCUGAGAAAUUAGUCCGCCUGUUGUUUGAAAUGGCUAGAUUUUAUGCUCCUACAACAAUCUUCAUUGAUGAGAUUGAUUCCAUCUGUAGCCGCAGAGGUACUUCUGAUGAACAUGAGGCAAGUCGAAGAGUCAAGGCUGAACUGCUCAUUCAGAUGGAUGGGGUUGGAGGAGCUCUUGAAAAUGAUGACCCUUCUAAAAUGGUCAUGGUGUUGGCUGCCACAAAUUUCCCAUGGGACAUUGAUGAAGCUUUACGAAGGAGAUUAGAAAAAAGAAUCUAUAUACCGCUACCAACAGCAAAAGGCAGAGCAGAGCUACUUAAGAUCAAUCUUCGGGAAGUUGAAUUAGAUCCUGACAUUCAAUUAGAAGAGAUAGCAGAGAAGAUUGAAGGUUAUUCUGGAGCUGACAUAACUAACGUUUGCAGGGAUGCUUCUCUAAUGGCGAUGAGACGGCGCAUCCAUGGUUUAAGCCCUGAAGAGAUACGUGCCCUUUCUAAGGAAGAGCUGCAGAUGCCUGUUACAAAAGGGGAUUUUGAGUUAGCGCUGAAGAAAAUCUCUAAGUCUGUGUCUGCUGCAGACCUAGAGAAGUAUGAAAAGUGGAUGCUUGAAUUUGGGUCGGCUUAAUUUUAAUGUUGUUUUCUCUUUGUUCUUUUGAGGCUCAUAUUUUGUUUGUAAAAUGCAAGAAAAAUUACUAGAAAUCUUUUCAAAGAUUUGAAUUUUUCAUAGGGGAGAUUCCUCUUUCAACAUCUUUUCAUUCAAAGGCAAAAAGCAUGAACUAUGAAGAAUAGAAGAUGUGGUUGAGGGAAAAGAAGAGCCUCCAGGAAAAGCGAGAUCCUCUCUGAAUCAGUUGGGCCCUGAGCAGAUGUUUCCAGCUUUUAUUUCUUGCCUUUCAGAUUGCUAGCCAGCUUGUCAAAGAGGCUGAUGUGGUAAAGGGAGCCAACAAAGUAUUUUAUCUUCUUUUAGAAGAAAAUUGUUUACACUUAAUAUAGAGGGGACUGUCUUUCUAAUUCAUUUCUCUAUGUGUCCUGGAAUAUAAGUAUUUCUCUUCUUUAACUACAUUAAAAGUACAUAGGGAAUUAAUCUGACAAAUUAGCCUUUUAAAUUAGAAAUGUGUUUGUUAUCAAGGUAGGAAAUCUAUAUUUUGUUGUUAAUAGAAGUUUGUGAGUCAGUUUUUGAAGGAAUCAAUGAGCUUGUGAGCUUGACCCAUCAGUCUUCUGUUAUCUCUCCAACAUAGGCUUCCCCUUUAUCUUAGAGCUCGUAAGUACCAGAGUGUAGCUUUGGUGACUGUCCCUGCCAGAACAGUUUAGCCAUUUAAAAAGUAUUUUGUCUUAAGUGAUAAAUGUCUUUUCACACUCUGGUCUUUCAAUGUCCAAACCAAGGGUACAUUUUUAUAAUCUUACUUUUCUUGCUAAUACUUAUCAAAUUGAAUAUGGAAAAUAUAUGAAGGAAGUUUUGGAUCCUCCAAACAUAAUAUGCAAACAUUCUUAAUAUCUGGAUUUUUCACUUUUAUUUCUUUCAUCAUAUUCAAACAAAUGAAUUUUCUUUACUCCCACUAUUUUUGAAUUCUGAUACUAGGUUUCAUUUGGCAUUCUAAACUAUUUCUAUCAUUUUUAUGAAUUUUCCACACAAAUAUGUGGCUAAAACAAAAGUAUUACCUACCUCAAAGGGUUAUUGUGCUUUGUUGGGCCUUAAUGCUCUAUAUACAUGUGAGUUUUUAUUUUUUUGGUAGGGGGGGAGGGAAAGGUAACAAUAUAGACCUGUAUUGGUGUAAGAAAUAUUGAUAUAAUUGGUAUAAGGAAUUUUUAUGAGGAAACUUCCUCUACCAAUGCAGAUCUGUGACCAUUAUCCAACUUAUAGUUGGAAAGGUAUCUAGGAUCACUGAGAGGUUAAAGUGUCUUUCUUAGGAUCACAGAGCUAUUAUGUGUCAGAAUCAGGACUUGAACCCAGGUCUUCUUGGUUUUGUGAUUGGCGCUUUUAUUCACUACAGUAUGCUGACUUUUCACAUUUCUUUUCAUGCUAGACCUACUCAAAUCAUCAUGGUGUAGAGGUGACCCUGACUUCUCCCAGGUUAUGUUGGUAAGAGGGCAGGCUCUGGCAAUUUGUUCCAAGCUGGAAAAGCUUCAGAUAUGGUUCCAGUGAGAGUGAGAGGCUUGUCCUUCUGUCAGAGGCUACCUCAACUAAAUAGAGAUAAGAAUUAUUUGGUGAUGAAGCAGGUUAAUAUACAAAAUGGCAGUCAGGCCUGUGUGACUCUCUUCUGCCUGUCUCCUAUGAUUAAUGUAAAGGGGGCAGAAGGUGCUAAGAAUCACAUAUUUCUUUGGCUUUCUAAAUAAUUCAUUUUAUUUAGUUGUUUUAAUCUGCAAUUGCUGUCUAAUGACAAAGAAUUUGUUCUACUCUUGGAAAAUUGGAACAACUUCCAUAUUGAUAUUCUCACUGGCAGAAAGGAUUCACAGCUAAAUGAAAGAGGAGCUUUAAGUUCUCUUUAUAUAUGUCUGUAAAGGAGCUGAUAGAUUUGCCUUUAUUUUGUGCCCAAAGGUAAUAAGAAAUGCAACUGUGUGGAAUGCUUACUCUUUUCACUCUAUGGUGCUCGUGAUGAAUAUAAGCAACAGAUUACCAGGAAGGUAACUAUAGCUUAUGUGCCAAUGUCUGUUGCAGAUAAUGAAGCAAUAGGGAAAUUUCAUAAAUAACUUGACAAGAUUGUCCAUUUUAAGUCAGUGUCUCUUGAUUCUUCGUAACUUCCAUGCAAACAUGAAUAUAGGAGGUGAUUAAAAAUGUUGGAAUAUAUGAUUCAUGUUCAAGAAAUGAAAGAGACCAACAAUGUAUGACUGAUUAGAAGUCUUGCAUUUCUACUUUAUGAAUAUUUUUUUAAGAAGAGAGUUUUAACAUGACAGACAUGAUGAGCACCAAAUAACCCAGGAAAAAUAAAAUUGACUAUCUCUUAAGAGACAUAAAAUGCUUAGUCACUUGUCAGUCAUUUCAGAAUCAUUGUCUGUGAAACAACACUCAUCAGUUGAUUAGAGGAAAGAUCAAAAUCAAUAACAAAUUAGGAAAAUGAUAAGGAUAAAAAGGUACAAUAUACCAUUCUAGUAGCUCCAACCCUACUUGUUUUGAAUAAACUGUUGCCAGAAAAUAAAAAGGAUAAUAGUCAAAAUUAAAGUCACUUGCUUUGUCACCAUUUAUUGCAGAUUAACUGAUACAGAAGUCAAUAGAAUAAGGACAAAACAACCCAGAAAUAGUUUUAGCCCUCAAAUACUUAACCGAUCUCUUUGCUAAGUUAUGGGAGUUAAGGACACUCACUCAGAAAAUACUAUGAGGAAGAUGAUGAAAGAUUAUAAGUAUCACUUUAGAAUGUACCAAAAAUCACUUGAGAGAGGAAAGGAGCCCAGAGGCAGCAUGGCAUUAGACAUAGUUAAGCCAGAGAGUUAACUUAAAAGCAUUUGUUGAUGAAAAUGGAAGGAGAACAACAAAUAGAUGUGAAUUCAAAGAGAUGUCUUCCAUUGUUUCUAUGUCUAUUCUCUUUAGUGACAGUAAUGGUACCACUGCAUUGGGAUUAUGCCACUUUGAUGCCUCACAUAUUAUGUUAGUAGUAUUGGGACUAAAGAAGAUAAAAGUUGGGAAGAGUAGGGUAACCUGACCAAAUGCACAGAGAAUAAAUUUGUGCUACUGACAGCACAAUAUUGAAGGCACUAAAGUAUCAAUUUGCAAGAUAGCAAGACAUCUUAAAAGAGGGGAAGAUAAUAAAAGAAUGGAAAAAUGUAACUCCAUUGAAGAGGAGACAUUUGUAACUAGCAGUAUCCCUACUUUUUUAUCUCUAAAUUCUCUAUUAGAAUGGUUUCUGCAUGAAUUAAGCAUUCCCUUGAUGAGAACAUGAGAAGGGAACAGGUCAAGCUAUUUUGAAGACAUUUUCUAUAGCUACCUAUAUCUUUGUAGUGACAAAAUUGACUUGAGAUGCAGGAAAUGUAAAAUCUCAUGGUGUUUGUUAAUUAUAAAAAACUUUUGAGUAGAACUUUGAGCGAAAUAUAGCUUAUAAAGGGCUUCUUCAUGUGAGUUUCUGUAUAAUGUUAAGAUCCAUAUAAAAUUUCACAGAGAUAUCUGUGUUCACUGAGGUGCUAAGUAUCGGUUUCAAGUGAGAUACAAAAUAGGGAAUCAGAUGCACACAAAAGCCAUCAUGGAGUGAAUCCUAUGCAGAUUCCUAUAGAAGAGAUUGUGGGUUUUACUGGAGAGUUUUUCUCUUUGGAACUGAUGUUGUGCUGAUUGCAUAGAGCCCUGGGCCAUGACAGGACCUUCUCAGUGAGAUCUGUAUUUACUCCAAGAUAUCCUCCCAACUAUCCAUUCUAGAGAAACAGAGGGCAUAAGGAACACAAAGUGUUUUGAUCAGGUCAUGCAUUUUGAUAAGUAGCUCACAGGCAUAGUAAAUAUGUACUGGGCCCAGAACUGAAAAGGAGGACAGAUUGGGCUGGAUUACAUAUGAGAAAUUUUAGUGAUCCCAAGCUGCUCACUACAAUAAAAGCUCAUUUUUAAAUACUGGUAUUCAUAUAAUAAUGCUAUAUGGCUGUAAGUCAUAAAACUAUGAUUUCAGAAGAAUAAAAAUAACUGGUGAGAAGGGGUUAAUGAAAAGAUUCAUUGUGAGUAUAACUAGACCUCAGUAUAUUACUAACAAUAACGCAUAUGAGGCUUGGCAAAAAAGACACUAUGAAGGACUGAUACUGAAAAGAGAGAUGGGCCAGCAGAAAUGAGAGAUAAAUGAAGGUCUGGAUACUGCAUUGUUUGUUAUGAACAAAAUAUAUUUAAAAACUAUAGGAGGAACUCUAUAUAUGGGAUAGAUCCUUGACAGAGGAUUUAUGGAAAGCUACAGACAAUCUCCUAGAGUAAAAAUAUAUGUAUAUUGUUAUCUAUACCCAUGGAGAAUUGCUAUGAGGAUCAUAGAUACAUUGGAAUAUUAUUAUCCUCAGUUUGGGGGAACAGUUUGCUUUUGGAAAUCAAAACAUAAAGAGCAUUCUUGCUUAAAUUUCUACAACUUCUUUAUCUUGUUCAUCUGAAUUAGAAAUAUAAGUAUUACUUUACUUUUCCUUAAUUUAAGAGGAUUCCUAAAAUAGAGAAAAUAAUUGUUAGAAAAAUCAGCUUUGCCAUAUCUAGGUUAUAGGUAGAUAAUAAAGUUUUUUGUGUGUAUUAACUUUAUCCAACAUUAAUUUGGGAACUAGUGCUUCUCAUGUUUACAUCUGAUGAUAAAUUUAUACUUAAUGUUGAAAGCUAUAUCUUGGUUAAAAGCUAAAACCAAAAAGCAAUACAACUUCAAAAGCAUUUAUUUUUUUACAAACAUACAUACAUACAUACAUGCAUACAUACAUACAUAUUAUUUGUAUAUAUGUGAUAUAUAUACAUAUACACACAAAAUGUGUGUGUGUGUGUGUGUGUGUGUGUGUGUGUGUGUGUGUGUAUUUAGAAACAUAGAAACAGAAACAUACACCAGAGAAAAAGCUCUGAUUGCUGGGUAAGAGAGAACUCAUUUUUUUGCUUACUGUCUACUAUAAAGUCCACAUGUUCUUUUCAGAUAUUCUUAUGUAAUUGAAUUCUGAGGCUACUUGAUCACCAGUAUUGAUCAUUUGAUGCUCAAUUUUUAUAUUUUUUCCUUGCUUUACAUUAUCCAUGGCCCUGUGAAUGAUCUCAUUUUGCUUCUAUGAAGCACAAAUAUUAUCGGAGUCAAAAUUACAAGGAGUUUUGACUUUAUUACAAUUAAAUUCAUCCUACUUUUUUUUUGGUCAUGACACUUGCUUUUUCCCCAGUGGACUUGAUCUUUUCUUAAAUGAGCAAAUGGGCUCCCUUAGGUAUCCUGCUAAUUGUUAUCAAAUUAAUUUUUUCAUUUUUUCUAUCUUAAAUUACUUGAGAUGAUCACUAAGCCCUAUUAGUAUUUUGACUCUCAAAACCUGUAUGUGAAAUUUCAGUUGUGCUAUGUAGCUUAGCAGGUUUAAUUUUAAUUAGAACUUAUACUUUUCUUAUCUUUUUGUGGUUUAAUUCUCUGUUAUUUCUUACACGAUAGAUUUUUUCCAGAUUUUUAUGUUGAUAAUAUUGUUGAUUCUGAUUUUUCUUUUAUUAGUUAUGCAGUUUUGGGAAUCUCUGGCAUCUUGCUUCCUAGAAGCUUUUCUUUCAUAUCUUUCCCAAGUCAAUUGUGCUCAUUUAUACUAUUUCCUCUCAUUUUGUUCCUUUAGUGCAUGAUGACUUAUGCAUUUAUCUUGACCCCAUUCAAGAGAACUCUAACCAUUCUUCCUCACCCUUGGUUGCAAAUUGCAUAUAAAUUCAUCUAAUCAUAGUUUAUAUUUUUCCUGGUAUUGACCUCAAUGUAUUGACCUCAGGUGAUAUAGUAAUCUAGCAGCAGAUGCAUUGAAACAGUUGUGAAGAUUUGGUUUCUUUCAUUCAUCUGUAACUGUUACAAGAAUUUUGGGUUCUUCAAUAUAUUAAUUUUAGAAUUAUAUUCUAAUAGUUUCUUCUUUUAAGUUCCAAGCUAUUUUUCCCCUUUCUUCAAUUAAGCACUUAUUGAAUGCAAGGCAUGUUAGGCACUUUAUUAGGUACUGUGUGUAAUACAGUUGUAUGAGAGAGUCCUUGUUCUUUUUUGUACUCUCUCAACUUGCACUUUGUAAACUUUGGCCUCUGAUCCUAAGAAACUUUUAAUCACCAAGUUAACUUUGUCCAUUUCUACAUUACAAAAAAUGAAGGGUAGAGUUAGUAGAUAACUGGUAAACUUGACUAUAAUGGAUGGUCAGAUCAAGUAAGUUAGAGAAGGCUGACUCUACAGCUUAAAUUUAGCAAAUAAUUAUCAUUCUCUCUAGGCACCCGAUUGAUGCCACGGUAAUCUAAAUGUUAUAUUUUGAAUGACCGUAACCAAUUUGUAUAACUUCCUUAAGUGUCUCUAUAUAACAUUGACCAUCUGUUAAGUCAAUAAGUCUUUAGCCAUUUGACUAUGGAAUAACUUAAUAGAAAUAUAUAGAUAUAGAUAUAGAUAUAUAUUAUCUUUGCUUUUUCCCUACAUUAGCUUAGAAGAUUUAUGUAGUCUCUUGCUCGUCUGAGAAUGCUUUGCCUGACCUAUUUUGAAAUUGUUAUUGCUGAUAAUUUUCUUUGAGAGGUAAUAGAUUCUCUCUCUCUCUCUCUCUCUCUCUCCCUUUCCCUUUCUCUUUCCCUUUCCCUUUCUCUUUCUCUCUCUCUCCUAGCAGUGUCAUCUUAGAAUGUGCCCUGUGUUAAAGGUGCUACAGACAAUGUUAUGAGACUGGGAAUUUCAGAAAGACUGAAGAGAGAAAAGAUCUCGUGGUUAUCUUAUGUCUUACACUAGCCUUUGGGGUGGAGGAGAGCAGAGAGAGAGUGGGGAGGACAUUUGAUUUUUUGGAAGGCUGAAGAUCAGGAAGAGAAAAAUAUUAAAACAAAAGUUUGACCCUAAUCACCAAUAAAUAUUAAUAAGAAAAAAUAAAUAUACAUAUUUUUGUAAUUGAGUUGACUUAGAUGCCUUUUUUAAACCUUCAGACUUUUCCUACUUUUCUUUUUAUUUGAGGCAUAUGCUUUUUGUCUUGUAGCCCAAGACAUAUUCUCUCAACGAGAAUUACAAGAAUAAUAUGCUUUGGGGAUUUUGCUUAUGGCAAACAAGGUAUUGUUUUAAACUUUUCCCUCCUUGACCUAUAACUUUAAAACUUUCUUAGUUUCUAGAAUAAUUCUUGACUUAGAAAAUGUUACAAAAUAACUAGGUGUCUUGUUAACUAAAUGGAGAAAUUCUGCUGGUAGAAAAUUGAUUUGUUGCUUUUCUUAUAUAUACCUGCUAUUUCCUUAAACCAAGACCUGUAAUUACCCUAAUAUUUCUUCACCAUGACUUUUAGUUAUUUGAGUAAAGAAAUACCUGCACAUUUCCUUUGCCAGUAACAUUUAAUAAUUUGUCAGAACAGACAGUGAGGCCAUGCAUGUCCUCUCUAUCUUGUUGCCAUGAGCUCCAAAGCAGUUCAUUCCUCUGGCAGCCACUCAGUUUGCUUGUUGCUUCAGAACUCCAAAAUGCACAUGACUUUCAUGUAAUCUAAAGUGACUACAAAUGGCUCUUUAGAAAAACAUGAACCUUUGCACAUUUUAUGCCCAAAGUCUACCUCAGUUAAAGUAGGCCUAGAUUUAAGGAGAGAAAGAUUGGGAGAAUUAUAGAACUGUUGAAUGUUAGAUAAUCAAAAGUAUCAAUCAUGUACACAUUUAUUUCCACAGGGCCUUCCCCUUCCCUUUGUGACCCCAGUUUUUUUAAAAAAGAAAAUCCAGAUUCUCUUAUUUACCUUGAGUUAUACCUUUUUUCUUAACCACUAGGCUCAGAGACUACAACUUAAUCCAGCUACAUAGAAUAUCAGCAAUAACCUGGCCCCUUUUUGUGGGGAAGAGUGACUCAUUUCAGUUAAUCUGAGACUUGAUAUUUAGAAACGGUUCAGAGAUGACUAGGUAUAUGUAUAUAUGUAUAUCUGUAUACACUCUUGAUGUUAAUUGUACUGACCAGUGAAAGGUACUACUAUUUGUUGCUGUCUCCUCUGCUCAGACCCACUUGUGGUGCAGCAGCAGUCAAGUACAGCUUUCCAUUAACAUUGUGAUGGGCUUUGUCAGGGGCAGCUGUUAGUAUAUUUUUAAGAAUUUUUGUAUUUAGUCUUUGUCUCUCAAUAUUUUGUGCCUAAUUUAAAGGAAAAGACGUCUCUAAAUUGUAUUUAUUAAGUGUGUCUUUCCUAACAUUUGUAUGCUGCUACUACACUAGUCUCAUGAGUUUUGUUGUGUUUGCGCUGAGGUAUUUUUGGUAAUAAAUUUCUGGAGUGUU